AUGAAAAGCUUCGUGUUUGUCCAUUCAACAGAGAAAAGAAUGUUCUCGCUGUUGUACGGGUUCUACAAGUGGGUCCUGCAGAAAGACGAGUAUUUCGUUGUGAUUCUUGGUUUGGACAACGCGGGGAAGACCACUUAUUUGGAGCAACUGAAGACCAAGUUCACCAAGGGCUACAAAGCGCUUGCAGCGAGUAAAAUAACGACCACCGUCGGACUGAACAUUGGCAAAAUUGACUUUGCUGGCGUGCGGAUAAAUUUCUGGGACUUGGGUGGACAAGAGGAGCUGCAGAGCUUGUGGGACAAGUAUUACGCGGAAUGCCAUGCUGUGAUUUACGUGAUUGACGCCUCUGACAGGUCUCGAUUGGAAGAGUCGAAAGUGGUGUUUGACCAGAUGAUUUCCAGCGAGCACUUGUCCAACGUGCCGCUGCUGAUCCUGGCCAACAAGCAGGACAUCCCCGACAGUAUGGGAGUGCGGGAAGUGAAACCCGUGUUUGUGAGUGCCGCGGAACGGAUCGGGAACCGAGACUGUCUCGUGAUGCCCGUGUGUGCACUCAAUGGCGAAGGGGUGGACGAAGGCGCCAAGUGGCUCGUGGAAUGCAUCAAGCGCAACUCCAACAACCGGCCGCCGAGAGAGCGAGAAGACUGACUGACUGCGGUCGAACAAAUUUUUUGUUUGUCUCCGUGUUGAGGGUUGCUUCGAGAGUUUCCUGUGCUUAUUUUUAUUUUUUUGGCGCGUUGUUUCAUUCCGAAAUGAUGGAAAGUUUGGCGUGUGAAGGGAAGCAAUUCGUGCUGGAGCCACGCAUGCCUGACCAAGGCAGCUUUUGAAGUGGAAAGAAACCCCUGAGAUGGUGAUUGAUUGCACGGUGAUGCGCGUGAUCUCAGCACAUGAAAAAUAUUACUGUUUAUUUUGUUCUGCUUUUUCCUCCGUGGAAUGCUUGUUUGUUGGAAAUGAAGAAGGAAUUGCAACAGUUUUUCUAUAAAUAUUAUAUGGCACGGC